UUUGAGCUGCUGAAUUUCGAAAAUUUUGCUCAGUUUUGCUGUUUUCAGAUCACAUUGAGCUGAGCGAUACUAGAUUAUAUCGAUAUUACGCUGCAUUAUCAAAGCUGUUUUCGAUAGCUUUUUCGAAGAUCCAAAAGAUUACCCAUUCUGAGUUUAUCUUUGGAGAAAUCUGCUGCUCGGUUAUCCGGAGUUUAAAUAUUUACACAGUUGUUGACAUAUUGACCUUUCUUGUUUUUGUCUUUGAUAUAUUUUUUGCUUGACAAUGAGUAGUGAAUCUGGCGCUGUAGUAAAUGGUGACAUCCAUAGUAGUGGCAGUUAUGGCUCUGGAAAUAGUGGAUCAUGGCCGGAUGAUGUUGGCAUUAUAGCUAUGGAGCUCUAUGUCCCGAAUCUGUUUGUGGAUCAAAGUGAACUUGAGUUGUUUGACGGAGGAGGCCAAGGUAGUAGUAAGGCCAAGUCCUUUGUGGGCAAAUAUACUGUGGGUUUGGGUCAACAGCAGAUGGGCUUUGUGGCUGAUAAUGAAGAUGUGAAUUCGCUUGCACUUACAGCUGUGAGCAGGCUGUUCAAGAGACAAGGUUUUUCGCCUCGUGACUUCGGACGGCUGGAGGUGGGCACUGAGUCUAUUCUGGAUAGAAGCAAGAGUGUGAAGACUGUGUUGAUGCAACUAUUCGAACAGGGGGAGGGGGAGGGGGAGGGGCACACAGACCUUGAGGGCGUUGAUAGUGUGAAUGCUUGUUAUGGGGCCACAGCUGCACUCUUCAACACGGCCCAGUGGGUAGAGAGCAGCAGUUGGGAUGGAAGAUUAGGUCUGGUGGUGGGGGCGGACAUAGCAGUCUACGCACAGGGAGCAGCCAGACCCACUGGGGGAGCGGGGGCCAUAGCCAUGGUGGUGGGGCCACACGCCGCACUAGUGCUUGACAGAGGUCUAAGGGGCACUGAGAUGCGCCACGUGUAUGACUUCUACAAGCCCAGACUGGAUUCUGAAUAUCCAGAAGUGGAUGGACCUCUAUCUGUGGAGUGCUACUUGAGUGCCUUGGACACAUGUUACAGUAGAUACAGAACCAAGUUCAACAAUAUCAACAGAAGUAUCAAGACCAAAACCAACAGUACACUCAGAGAAGAAGAAAAAGUGACAGAGACCAGAUUAGACUUGGAUUGUUUCGACGCAAUACUUUUCCACACUCCUUUCUGCAAGAUUGUACAGAAGUCCCUGGGCAGACUGGUGCUGUGUGAAUACCUGGACAAACUGCCCCACUCACAGAGAGAUGCCAAGUUCGAACCACUCCAGACACUGGCAGCCGGUGACUCCUCGGGAGGAUCAAAUUGUCUGAGGGGUAAAGCGAGUUACCACAACAAGCAGUUGGAGCGGACUCUGGUGGAUAUGAGCAGACAGUUGUUCAUUGAGAAGACUGAGCCGGGACUGAGGGUUGCGAGGAGAGUAGGAAACAUGUACACUCCCUCACUAUACUCCUGCUUAGUCUCAUUCCUCACCAGUGGAGUGUCGAGUAGUGAUUUAUGUGGCAAAAGAGUGGCCAUGUUCAGCUAUGGCAGUGGGAUGGCUGCCACCAUGUAUUCCAUAACAGUAUCAAACAAAGAAGAGAGAGUCGACAGACUCCUCAAAGGCAUAUCCAGUGUUGACUCCAUUUUGGACCAGAGAGUGAAGUGUUCUCCCGAAGAAUUUGUGAGACUGCUGGAGCAGAGGGAGAUGAGUCACAACCGGGCACCUUUAGAUCCCAGCCAGGACACCAGUUGUCUACAACCAGAUACUUACUAUCUGGCAAAAGUGGACGGAAAACACAGGAGGACUUAUUUGCUGCAUACUGCCGAGGGCUGAAAUGUAUUAACAUACUACCAACGCAAUAAUUUUGUUAAAAAAUAAUGUAUACAAUCAAGAGGAAAUCAAAAAUUUUGACGUCAAAUUAAAUUUCGUUGCGCUGUAAUUUGUUGCUGCUAUUUACUCGUUUCUCCUUUGGCAUAUUUUUUUCUAAUGAGAUUGUGAUGUACCUAAUAUUUUCGCAGUUAGCUAAAAAUGUGUGAUUAUAUGAACUCUCAUUUCGAUAAAAUUUUGACAAAUAUUUCUUAAAUUGAGCUUACUGCAAUGCAAUGAGGAAAUUUGUUGCAUUUGCAGGGCAAAAUGAACAACGAAGUUGGAAUAG